CAUUUUUAAUUUGUCUGAGUAAAUACACGAAAGAAAAAAAAUUGCCAUUCUUCACUGAUUUGUUCACAGGCCGGGUAAAAAUCGGGAGGAUGACGAAAGCUGUCGCGACGGCAUUUUUGUCGCUAAAUUUCUGUAUGUAUUCUGUAGUCUUGGCCAUUGGAGGCUGGGCUACUAACAAAGCCAUCAAUGAAGGGUUCUUUAUUGGCUCGGGAUUCGAUCUGCCAGAGCAGUUCUCUCCGAUAUGUUAUUCAAUGGGGAAUGCAGCCACGGGAUUCUUCGUCGUGUUUUCUCUGAUCGCGAGCGUGUUUGGGGUCGCGUCUCUCGUAGUCGGCAUUGACCAUAUCCGGCAUUGGAACAGUGAUGGUUCAACUGCUAUGCCAUCGUCUGCUGUUUCAACUGCUGCUGUUGCCUGGAGUCUCACAGCUCUUGCCAUGGGAUUUGCAUGGAGAGAGAUUGAACUCCAAAAUAGGAAUGCCAAACUGAGAACAAUGGAAGCCUUCUUGAUCAUCCUAACCGUUACUCAAGCGGCGUACAUUGCAGCCAUAAGUCGCGCAACAACCAGGAGAUAGCCGUAUUUGCAAAUGGCUCAUGCUACAAUCACACCGCGAAUGACAUCAAAGUUGACAUUGUUAUUGUCUCACAAACAAAAACAAUGACUCUGUCGUGUCAACUUUGAUGUCAUUCUUGGAGUUAAGUAGUAAUUUUCUACCCGAAUUUCAUCAAAUGUUGUGUGAAUUGCAUACAUUGCAUCUUAUGAACUCUUUAUUUGCAAAUUUUCUUUUCUAUGUGUAUCCAUUCAGCUUGUACAUUACACCCAAUGACAAGAUGUUUUUUUAUUUUUAAAUAAAUGUAAAAGUUACAU